GUAGGCUCUGUGCGGACAUCCGCGUACCUGCAAUUUGUUGUGUCCGCGCGGACCUGUCUGCACGAAGCCGUCCGCUACAAGGGCACCAGCUGCGCGUGUGCUUGUAAAGAAACAUGGAGGCUGAAUUUGAAGAGAGGCUGUGUGAGGAGGUCCGUCGCUACCCACACCUGUACAAUUCGUCUUUUAAACAGCACAAAGACAGCCAAAUGUGCAAUACUUCGUGGAGGGAAAUUGCCCAGAGUUUGGGGAAAGAAGAAGCCAUGUGUCGGCAGAAGUGGAAGUAUUUAAAGAUCCAGUUUGUGAAGGCGAAGAAGAAGCUCAAAGGACGAAGCGGUGCAGCAGGCGGGAGUGUUUCUGUUCCCCCCAUUGUUUCCCUCUUGAACUGGCUGUCGAUCUUCGUGAAACACCGGGACACGGACUCCAACUUUCCAAUAGAGGCAGAUGAAGGUGGUGACACCGUGACGCUACUCCUGGAAUCUAUUGAUGCUGGUGGUGAUGCACAAGAGUAUUCAUCCACUUCCCCAAGGACCUCAACUCCAUCACCACCAACAGUGACUCUGCCACCAGUGACUCCAACACCACCACCACCACCACCAACAUCGCCUUCAUCCCUCAGCUCAUCCUCCUCAGCUGCCACGAGUGUCCUCUUUUCCCCCGCCAUGUCCCGGAAAAGAAAAGCGCCGUCCACGCCUGUUGAGGAUGCUAUCCUGCAACGUCUCCAGGAAAUUCGCCAUGCCAGAGACAAUCAGAGGGAGGAACACCACUUUGUCAUGAUGGUGGCUGACAUGUUGGCGAAACUUCCAACACGUGAGCGCAUGGAGGCUCUAUUUGAGAUCCACCAGCUGCUUUAUUGGAAGCAGAGGGAAGUGCUGGAAAAGGACUUAAGCCAGUGAUCAGGCAGUUAUUUGCUCUAAACGUUGCUAUUUGUUGUUGUUCUGUAAAUAAAAGAGUUACUUUACAUUACAUCUUUUUCUUGCAUCUUCCUCUCAGAGGUCUUCAAUGAAAAACUAUGGCAAGCCAUUUAAACAUAAUUGAACUAUGGAUUGGUGACAUCUGUGCCUGGCAGGUUGGCCAGUUGUGGCAGCUCCAGAGACCCGUCAAGUAUUUUGGAUCCAAAAAUACUCUCCUUGAAGAUGCCUCCAUCGCUUUCAUGUCCAUAGGCCCCCACGUUCCCCAUCGUGAACCGAUAAUGGACAUCACAUGCAGUCAUCAAAACAAGCCAGUGACUUCCCUUAUAAUUAAAGUAGUCACUACCUGCAUUUGGGGGGGCUCUGAUGGUAACAUGCUUCCCGGCACCAAGACACAGUGAGAAGUUCCAGAUUCUCCAAAAAUCCUUUGCAAUUUCCCUCCACUGUGUCUGGGACGGGAAGGGGACGAAUUUCGGCUGCAGAGUGUCCCAAAUGGCCUUUCACACCUCUGGAAUGAUCUUCGACACAGUGCAGCUGCCCAGUCUGUAACUUGCAGCUACACUUGUCUGUGAGCAACCAGUGGCUAAAUACCAAAAGGUCACUGCUAACCUUCCGGCCACAUUGAUCAGAGCAUGGUGCGUUCUUUGGUAUUGGACACGUUCUCCGAUGCAGCAGGCCAGAAAAUCGAAUUUGGUGGCAGACAUCUGAAAGUACUGAUGGUGCUUCUCCUCAUCUAUUGCACGCAUUUCCUGUACCAACAUGCUGAACUCUCCGUCUUUGGCCCUGUUGUGGUUGAGCGGCCGCACACUCCACUUUCUUUGUUUCCUUGUUUUUCUUUUUUUGUGUGAUUUUGCCAAGUACAACAGACAAAGCAGCUCUUCUUCUUCGUCUACAUAUGUCACCAUCUUGGUUUGAUUUGAUUCGUAGUGCACAUGUGCGCAAUACGUCAGACGCUGCGGUAUAUGUCACACGCUGAUCUACUGCACAUGUGUGGAACGCAUCCUCAACGCAGAUACCAGAAGGUAGUAUAAACACAUCAACUAUCCGGCCGCGGUGUCCGCAGCUGUCUGUGUGCGCAUCCACUCGGGAGUAUAAAUGAAGCAUUACACUACUAGAGAGAUAGGCAAGAGAAGCUGUGUUAAAAGGUACAGUAUGGCUGAUAGACCAACAAUCCACACAGAGAAUUUUACACAUGUCAAAGUAGGAGCCUUCAUGUUAUAGUUCACAUGGUCGGCCUGGGCAACCUACAAUGAUGAAAAUCUUGUAUGUACAAAUUUAAAAUCCAAUAAAGGGAGAUUAAACAGAGCACAGCCACUGCAUUAGCAUUAGCCUGGCGAGCUAGCAGUCAGGAAAGGAUGAAAUAAAGCAAAAACUUGCAAAAGGGGAGCUUCUUAAAAUCCCAAUGAUUCUGAGAAGGCUGUCGCAUUGUGGGGACAUCAUGACCUUAUUGUGACAACAUAAAAUUAAUUAUUUAAUCACUACCAUUAAAAUUGACUACUGAGGUGGCAAGCUUCACAAGAUAGUUAACACACAAAAUGACCACUUUGCAAGACAUAUUGUGUAAAAAAUCUGUGCAAACAGAAAAUGUACGAGAGUACAAUUUUAUCAGAUUCUUUUUUUGAUUGGUAAUGGCUAUAUGAAAGUCAAUCCAUUCUGAUCAUUUUGUUUAUAGUAACCCAAUGCACUCCAGGUACACUAGCUGUCAAAAACACCCUGCUGCACUCUCACAACUUGUGUUGAGAGCGAGUGAACCAUGGAGCAGCACAAACAAACAGCCAGCAGUUUGAAUUAAUGAUAUCCACACUGACAGAGCAGAGCCGCUCUGGGUUAAAUAAAGUCACUUUGUGUCUCUUUUACUGGCAUUUCUCAGCUGGACUGAAUGUUUAAAAUGCUGCCGUUUGCUGAAAAAUGAGAUGAAGAGAGGCUGUUUAAACUCUGACUGAAGUUACCUGACACAACACAUUCACACCGACAUUCCUCUCUCCAAAGUGUAUUAUACAAAACACUAUAGGGCAUUAUACAAACAUAUAAACAUAAUGUAAUGCACUGGGAGGGGAUAUUAUACUUUUAAUAUACUGUUAGUAUAUUUUGCCAAUAAUACAUCUAUACUUUCAUUUCAGUAAAAUAUUAAAUUACUUUUAAUGUGCUCUACAUUGUACAUUGUAGCAUUACUUUCACUAAAGGAUCUGAGUUAUUCUUUAAAGGGGACAUAUUCUGCACAUUUCCAGGUCCAUAUUUUUAAUUUGGGGCUGUUCUGGAAUAUCUUUGCAAGAUUCACAAUUCAAAAAACUUAUUUAUUUAUCUUACACCAGCCCUUUAUGCAGACCCUCAGAGUGCAGAACUUGUGUCUCCCCCUUCUGGCAGUGAUAUUAAUUACAAAAACACUGUCAACAUGUGCUUAUGUCAUAGACUACUCUGUCGCUACUAUUGUGGCUGUAAAAUGGAUACAUUGUUUUGAGCGCCACACAACCCCUGCAAAAUGAUUGUCAAAGUGAGAUAUAAUUGUAGUCCUACUUGAUCUUAUAUUUUGCAUGUCUUAUUUUUAUUUUAUGCAUCUGUUUUUAGAUAUUGUGUUUUAACUUGGACUGAGUGCAUUGAACUUUAAUUGAUCAAGUGAUGGACUAAGUGAGAACACCGGUGACUGAUUGGAUGACACCCCCCCCCCUUCACUCAGGAUUGGCGGACUGGACUGAGUUCCUUCAUUUUUUUGGCUGAGUGUGUGAGGUGAAGGCAGGUGGAGAAGGAAGGAAAGGCAGGAGAGACUUGGAGAUAUGGGGAAGCAACGGAUGUGAGAGGGUUCGCUCCACAGAAAAUUGGUUGCAGUCGGUCGUGGGAACCUGAGGACGGAGACUACUUGUUGAAGCAGCGUGGAUACACCGGAGGAAAGGUGCAGCUGGGACGAGGAAGCAGACAGACCACAGCGGGACUAGCCAGGCGUCGAUGAUGGAGACUUGGUUCAACGCGCACUAUUACGA